GGUCUUUAGAGGUCAUCCUCUGGAGGUCAUCAAGGCAAGAUGGCGGACGCUCAGUCACGUGUGGAACAGGGAGUCAAAACUUUGGUCACAGAUAUCGAGCGAGAUUACAUCCGGAAGAUGCAGUCCAAGAUGUUUAGAUGUAGUGCGACAUGCUGCGACGACAGCAGUGCAAGUAUGGACGAUGUGGGAAGGUGUAUAGACAGAUGUAGCCAGCCCCUGAGCCGGUCCCAGCAGCUGGUCACCAACGAGCUGAAUGAGUUCCAGAGCCGCCUGCAGCGCUGUGCCAGGACCUGUCAGGACGAGGUACAAGACAAGAUGAAGGCAGGGAACACGAACCAGGCGGAGCUGACAGCCAUGAUGGAACAGUGUGUGGGCAGGUGUGCUGACACACACCUUGUUCUUCUACCUGACAUCAAGUCACGACUAGUCAAGAACUUACAGGCAGAGAUGAACUAAUUAUCUAAAUAGCAGGGUCUCUUUUACUCUCAGAGCUACUGUAUGCUUGUGUGAACUUUGGCAAUUUUUAUAUUAUAGUAGUGUAUGAAAGUGAGUUUGUGAAUUUAAAUAUUGACCAAGUAAGGUAGUGACUGUAGAAAAAUUAAUGAAAUAAGUGAAAUUAAUAAAGUUUCUGUGAAACAUUUUAUAUAGGUUGGCAAUUUGAAGUAAGAUUGUAAGAUACUGUAGUAUUUCCAUCUCAGGGAAAUGAAAUCAUGAUUGAAUUGGAUGUAUACGUAACCCUCUCCCUGCUGCCUAAUCUUGUAACUGAUACAAAGAUGGUGCCAGAAGGCUAACUAUGGAGGGAGAAGGUUGAAUAGAUGUGGUUAUGAAGUUUGCAAGGAAUGCGAAGGUCCAAUGGUAGUGAGACCUUGACACAACAUGUCACAAGUGUAACUUUAAGUGUCAAAUUAAAAAAAAACACUGAA